AAGGGCACAAACAAGUCUUGUGAGUUGCACCCAAGGCCAAAAUUUAUCUCAAACUUGCUUUCAUUUUAUCUUUAGUAACACAAUAAAAUUAUGAUUAUGAUUACAACGAUUUGAACCCAAGUUCAUCAAGUAAUUAGCACAAUUUCUCUUUCAAGAUUACCUCAAAUUCAACCAGGAAUUCCUACAUGGCGUUUGAAUAAACCCUUUAUUUAGUAUUUCACAAUCAUUUUUAUUUCCACAAAUAUCUGAAUCAAUCAAUCAAUCAUUCUCAAAAGUUAUUGGAACAUCAGAUCCAUUUUAGUUCGAAUCCUUUCAUCACACAGACUAUGAGCAUCAUUUCAAGAAUGGGUUUCAGUUUGAUUCUCUAGAAAUCUAGAGCAUUGCAAUCGUUUAUGGUAUGUUUAUUGUUUUGAUUGGGACAGAGUCUCCAUGUUUAGAGAUCGCAGAAGCAGAGGCUGAGCACACAGAACGGUGGCCAUUGCUAUGAUAUUUCUUUCCUCCUUGUGGCGGCUACUGAUAAAUGUAGUAUUCAAAACCCAGAUUCUUGAUUUAGUAUGAGAAGCAUCUUCUUACUUGUCAUUUGCUCUUUUGAUUUUACUUUCCUUCCGUCUGCUGCUGAAAAUUAUGGCUGUGGUUGUUAGAUCAUUCAAUUUGAAGAUUUCCUUCGUUUUUGCCGUUCUCCCCGAGAUACACGUCAAGUACAGUUACCGGUUCUUUUGUGCAAACUCUCUAUGAGAACGCAUUGGAGAUCAAUAUGAGAGGUGCUGGAAAGAGAUUGAUUGAGGAAUCUGAAAAAUGUUCUCACUCCAAGCUGGAAACUGGAUCAGAGUUGAUCUUUCCUCUGAAAUUGACAAGAUGUAGCAAAAUAUCCCAUUCCAAGCAGAAAAAAUCAAGAACUAAAUCACAUUCGCAGGCGAUUUGUUCAACAUUCAAGAGGAGAUCUCUUCCUAAAUCUUUGAGUAAGGGGAAUAAAAAUGUGACAAUUAGACAACUUGCUGGUAAAACAUUUUUGCUAAAAAAACUUGAUACAAAACCGUCCAAGGAGUUACUCCUGUCAAAGCUUCAAGGUGGAAAAUCUCUGCCAUCAACUAAUACGAAAGGGAAUCCAGAAAAGGUUGAGCCGGUUGUCAAGAUAAACCAACAAAGGAAAAGGAAGAAGAACAAAGGAAAAAAGGAAAAGGUGGAGUUAGAUGAAGCUUCUCGCCUACAGAGGAGAACAAGAUACCUUAUCAUUAAAAUGAAGCUAGAGCAAAAUCUUAUUGAUGCUUACUCUGGAGAAGGUUGGAAAGGCCAGAGUCGAGAAAAAAUUAGGCCAGAAAAGGAACUUCAGAGAGCCAAGAAGCAGAUAUUAAAGUGCAAACUUGGAAUCCGUGAUGCUAUUCGCCAGCUGGAUUUGCUUGGUUCAGUAGGAUGCAUCGAAGACUCUGUUAUUGGUCCUGAUGGAUCUGUCUACCACGAGCAUAUAUUCUGUGCAAAAUGCAAACUGCGUGAAGCUUUUCCAGACAAUGACAUUAUACUUUGCGAUGGGACAUGCAACUGUGCUUUUCACCAAAAAUGUCUGGAUCCACCAUUAGACACGAAAAGUAUUCCUCCAGGAGACCAGGGUUGGUUUUGCAAAUUUUGUGAGUGCAAGAUGGAAAUAUUGGAAGGAAUGAAUGCACAUCUUGGUACUCGAUUCCCAUUGAACAUUGGUUGGGAGGACGUUUUCAAAGAAGAAGCUGCUUUCCCAGAUGGUGGGAAUGCGUUGCUUAAUCAUGAGGAAGAUUGGCCCUCAGAUGAUUCGGAAGAUGAUGACUAUGAUCCAGAUAAGAAGGAGAAUGGCCAUGACAACGGAAGUGAGGAAGAAAAUGACAAGGAUGUUUUGGAGGAGUCCAGUAGUUCAACCAGCCUGAGUUGGUCUUUAGAUGGCGAGGAUUUAAUUCCUGGAGACGGUAUUGGAUGUGAAGAUCACUUUGGUGCUGGUACCGGCAUAGUUUCUGAUGGAUCCAAUGAAGAGGGCAUCACAUGCGGCCGACGGCAGCGACAGGCUGUUGAUUAUAAAAAGUUAUAUGAUGAAAUGUUUGGAAAGGAUGCUCCAGCACACGAACAAGAAGUGAGUGAAGAUGAAGACUGGGGACCUGCAAAAAGAAGACGGAGAGAGAAGGAAUGUGAUGCUGCAAGUACUCUCAUGUCCCUCUGUGAAAGCGAAAAAAAGAGUCAAGACAUUGACAUGGAAGCAGAGAAAAAACUUCUCAAUUCUCAUGGUAGAUCAUUUUUCAGAAUCCCACGUCAUGCAGUUGAGAAACUUCGCGAAGUGUUUGCUGCUAAUGAACUUCCCUCUAGAGACAUCAAGGAAAACCUUUCUAAAGAAUUGGGUCUUGAUGCUGAAAAGGUCAGCAAAUGGUUCAAGAAUGCACGAUAUUCUGCACUAAGAACUAGAAAGGCGGAGGGAGCAACACAACCCCAUAGUUCUUAUACGACUUCCAACGAGCCCAGAUUAGCAGAUUCAAAGGAAAUGUCUGAGAAUCUUCAUUCAUUAGAGGAUGCACCAAUAAAAGAACUGCAGCUGAAGUUGCGCGGAAGUCAUAGCAAGAAAAAGCAGCACAGAAAAUCAUCACAUGUAUCUUCUAACCAUAACAAGGUAUCGUUUGCUCGUAACAAAAAAAAUAAUGACAAUACAUCUAGUUUUGUCCAAUGCUUGACAAAAUAUAAUCAAAGGCAAAGUAGCAUCGAGGGGAACUCCAAUUCAGGAUGCUUUUGAUUUUGGCGAUGAUAUAAGCUUGAAGAAUCUCCUAAAGAAAAGAAAAACAAAGGUAAAGAAGAGGGUAAACUUUGUAGCUAGAGGUGAAGGUCAAGAAACAGAAUUGGAGAUGGAGAGAUUGUGUAAAAUUAAGGGUAGAUUAGAGACAAUGAAGCAGAAACUACUUAGACUAACGAAAAGGAAGGAUGAUGGGAUUUUAGAUAGGUCACACAUGAUUGAACAGUCUAUUGUGUAUGUUCCUGUGGCAGUGUUAAAGGAAAAGGUUUGAUCUUGUACAGUUUACUUUCAUUUUUCUAUCCCAUUUUCAAAGGUGGGGUCUUAUGAUAUAAUCUUAAAUACCUGAAUUUUGUUUUUAAA